UUGCCUGGGCUUGUGCUGUGUCCACAGAAGGAGAGGCCCCUGCCUCCCACCUGUGUGCUCAUCCUUGUAGAUGUCCCCAAAGCUGGGUGCUGGGUGAGAACCCAUCUUGCAGCAGGGGAGGUUUGAAUCAGUUUGGGCUGUGCUGUGUUCAGGGUGCCUCUGAGACAUCAAGUAGGCUGGUGGUCUGGGGCUCAGGAGGUGUCUGGGCCAGACAGAUGUUUUUGUCUAGGUUAUAUUUAUAUUUGAAGUCAAGGACACAGUGAUAUUGAACUCUAAGAGCCAACUAAAGGAAGAUGAGCCUGUAUUGGAGAUGGCAAGAGAGCAGCCUGAGAGGGGACCUGAGAGCCAGGUAGACCUGUAACACAGGAUCCAGAUCUAGCCAUGAGCUACCCAGGCUAUCCCCCACCUCCUGGUGGCUACCCCCCAGUUGCACCAGGUGGUGGUGCUUGGGGCGGAGCUAGCUACCCCCCACCCAGCAUGCCCCCCAUCGGGCUGGAUAACAUGGCCAACUACGCUGGGCAGUUCAACCAGGACUACCUCUCAGGAAUGGCAGCCAACAUGUCUGGGACAUUCGGAGGAGCCAACGUGCCAAACAUGUACCCUGGGGCCCCUGGGGGUGGUUACCCUCCAGUCCCUCCUGGGGGCUUYGGGCAGCCCCCUCCAGCCCAGCAGCCUGUUCCUCCAUAUGGAAUGUACCCACCCCCUGGAGGAAACCCACCUUCUGGGAUGCCCUCAUAUCCACCGUACCCAGGGGCCCCUGUGCCAGGCCAGCCCAUGCCACCCCCUGGGCAGCAGCCCCCAGGGGCUUAUCCUGGGCAGCCACCAAUGACCUACCCUGGGCAGUCACCAAURCCACCGCCAGGGCAGCAGCCUCAACCAAGCUACCCAGGAUACCCAAGCUCUGGGACUGUCACUCCUGCUGUCCCCCCAGCUCAGUUUGGAAACCGAGGCACCAUCACAGAUGCUUCUGGCUUUGACCCCUUGCGAGAUGCCGAGGUCUUACGGAAGGCCAUGAAGGGCUUUGGGACUGAUGAGCAGGCCAUCAUCGACUGCUUGGGGAGUCGCUCCAACAAGCAGCGGCAACAGAUCCUCCUGUCCUUCAAGACAGCUUAUGGCAAGGAUUUGAUCAAAGACUUGAAGUCUGAGCUGUCAGGAAACUUUGAGAAGACUAUCUUGGCUCUGAUGAAGACCCCAGUCCUGUUUGAUGUGUAUGAGAUAAAGGAAGCCAUCAAGGGGGCUGGCACUGACGAAGCCUGCCUGAUUGAGAUCCUCGCUUCCCGCAGCAAUGAGCACAUCCGGGAACUGAACAGAGCCUACAAAACAGAAUUCAAAAAGACCCUGGAGGAGGCCAUCCGAAGUGACACGUCGGGGCACUUCCAGCGGCUCCUCAUCUCUCUCUCUCAGGGAAACCGGGAUGAAAGCACCAAUGUGGACAUGUCCCUCGUCCAGAGAGAUGUGCAGGAGCUGUAUGCGGCUGGGGAGAACCGCCUGGGAACAGACGAGUCCAAGUUCAAUGCAAUUCUGUGUUCCCGGAGCAGGACCCACCUGGUGGCAGUUUUCAACGAGUACCAGAGGAUGACUGGUCGAGACAUUGAGAAGAGCAUCUGCCGGGAGAUGUCCGGGGACCUGGAGCAGGGCAUGCUGGCCGUGGUGAAAUGUCUCAAGAAUACUCCAGCUUUCUUUGCUGAAAGGCUCAACAGGGCCAUGAGGGGAGCAGGAACGAAGGACAGGACCCUGAUUCGCAUCAUGGUGUCUCGCAGCGAGAUCGACCUCCUGGACAUCAGAGCAGAGUAUAAGCGGUUAUAUGGCAAGUCGCUCUACCACGACAUCACGGGAGACACUUCAGGGGACUACCGGAAGAUUCUGCUAAAGAUCUGUGGUGGCAACGACUGAGGAGUGACCCCUGAGCAAUGACGUGGCUCACUUCUGCCCCCUGCAGGCAAUGGUGAUGCCCUGAAAAGGCCAAAGGAGCACCCUUUUCUCACAAAUCCGCAGAAUAGCCCAAAGGUGCACUGUCUGUCCCUAGAGCCGUGGCCCUGACCUUCCUGCCCUUCCCACUCCACAUAUUAUGUCGUGCUGAAGGGCCUGGGUGGGGCUUGAGCUCUCUCAAGGUGCCUCCGUCCCUUCGCCUCUUGCUCUUAAGGUAGAUAUUUUAUUUCCUGAUUCAUGCAGUCAUUCCUCAUUGCUUGUGACGAAGACUCUUAGCUUCAUUUUAGUCAUGUGAUUUUGUAUGUCUAUUUGAAGGCAUAUUUUCUUUCUUUUUUUAACUGUCAUUGCCAGACAGAUGCAUACGAGUCUGUUUACUACACACACAUUUCUGGUGAGAGCGAAGGGGUGGGUAGAGAGCACCCUGCCCUCACCAAAGACAAAAGGGAGGACCUGUCAGGGUAAAGUUUGCAUCUGGUGAGAAUGUGUCAUAGGCUUUGUUUUUGCCAAACUCACUCCUUUUUAGAAAAAUAAAAAGGCCAGAAAGUCAUUUGUUCCAUCAUCCAUGUACAACCACAAGAACAAGGCUGGUUCCCUGCCAGUGACAGGGCUCCUUGUAGUUUGGAAUGUGCCUUAAACCUGAAUGUCUGUAGCCAAAAACUGUUUUAAAAUUAAAGUCAGCAAGCUCUGGAAUGUUCUGGAAAUGACUUCCUGGGGACAGCCUGUUUUUUUUUUUUUUUUCCCUGCUUCGUGGCUCAGGGGUUCCCAUCUUAUUAGCCAGUGAAAAUUUGCACAAUUUGAAUUAGAAAUUUGGGGGCAUAAGCUAAUUUAUAGGGACUGGGUUGUAAGACUGUGAUGAGGAAGAAAUGGACCCAACUCAAGGUACCUGAGAUGCAGCCUUACAGGCCUCUUUCUGAAGACAGGUGCACUGGGCCUUGGCUGCUUUCUGGAAACAGUAGUCAAGGCCAGUCCAGGCUACACAUCUAAUCUCACUUCUGAAAGGAAAACUAAAAUACGAAGCAUGAGCUGGGCAUGGUGACACAUGCCUGUAAUCCCAGCUACUUGAGAGACUGAGGCAGGAGUAUUGCCAAUUUGGAGCCAACCUAGGCAACUUCAGAAGACCCUGUUUCACAGUAAAACUAAAGAGAUUGAGGAUGUAGCUCAGAGCUUGCCUGGCCCUGGGUUCAGUUCUCAGCAUCACCAAACAACAACAGAAAGAUGAAACACAAGGUGAAUUCAGCUCUUAGUGAGUUUUCGUAUCUGUAGGGCAAGUGGGGCACUUUUCUUAUUUUUACCUAUCAAACCUGAAAGCUCUCUGUGCCUGUGUUCCCAAUAAGAGACAGGUACAUCAUUACUCUGUCCCCCAUCAGACCCCAUGCAAAUCUCUUCUCAGUAAAGGAGUCAGUCAUUCAAGUCUCCCAGCUCUAAUGGAGACCAUAAUCCACAGCUCCUGCUCCUAGGAAAGCUGCUCCUUGGUCCAACACUGGUAUUCACACUGAGCCCGUUUCCUUUUGUAGUUAGAGCCUAUAUCCUGAAUCAGAAAACACUCUGGGCUGCAAGUUGAGUAUCCCUAUUCUGAUAUUGGCUCAGACACUGAUUUGCCUUGUGACCCUGGAGAAGUCACAUCUGUCUUUGGGCCUUUAUAAAAUGAGCAGUAAACUAGAGCAGAGCUUUCUAAAAUUUAGUGUGCUCAACAACAAUGGUGAGAUAGGGAAAUCCCCAAAGUCUACUCACAAAACAAGUAAGCUAGCAAAAACUCUUUUCAGAGUCAACUUUAUUGGAAAUCUGGAAAUAGAGUUCACAGCGACCAAGUGAAUGCUUAAGGAAGAAAAAGGUGAAUUCAGUAUGAAUUCUGUUGUAUAUUAACUUACCGUGGUACCAUUCCCCACUCCCCAGCUUGACAGUAGCAUCAAAAGCAAUAUUCCUCAUUCCCUGUAAAUCUUUGUAACACUGGAGGGAAGAGAAUAGAUAUUAUCCUCAGGAAUAAUUAUGUCAGGUUAUGCCUUAAAAGACUAACUCAAAUAACUUACUUUUGUUUGGCCUAAUUUGGAACUUUCCCAGGGUGAAGGUGGCAACUGGGGACGGGGGGGGGUCAUUUCAAAGGCAAUCUUUUAGCCACUGAUGCCUAGGGAGAGGGAUAAUAGUUGGGCAAACAGGAGACAAAUUAGAAACUCGAGAGAGGAAAGGCUAGGGAGUGAGGUGCUUUAGGAAAUGACAUGUUUGAAGAGCUUGCACAUGUCCUGGGAAUUUAGAGGAUCACACACAUGUCCAGUCCUGGGUGCAUGAGAAAGACUUGAGAAAGUCCUGAGCUCCCACCUGUGGCUCACAAGCAGGAAGAGAAAGCUAAGGCAGAGUUAGAAGCUGCCUGAGUGACAGGUAUGGCUCACGCAUGGAAAACACCCACAAAGACUGGGGGGACUUUUUUUGUUCCAGAUGUUUAGGGAAAUCUGGUGACUGACUGGCUACUAAGCUAGCCAAAGACUGAGAUCACCCUUGGACAAAGAGUACAACUUUAAAGCAUUAGCUCAAGAAAGUUACUGAAUAAACUACAACAUAGAGUAAUAA